AUGAGAAAGAGAGCCCAACACUGUGUGGACACGUUCGUCCAGCUCCAGGAACCGUUGAGCGACGAGGUCAUUGCGCUAUCCUCGGUUGACCAACAGGCGCAGCGCAAAUAUGCACGAAACUUGCUGGUGUUUCACCUGGACGACGGGAUCUGCAGCGAGGAUCUCGUCCAACACCUGACCCAGGCGCUUGCAGCGGCACUAUCUGAGUUGCCUGACUUCGCCGCUACUGUCGUACCGCGUGCAGGGUCGACUCGGAACGAGUUGCAGCUCCAGUUAGGACCUGACUCCGGGGUGUUGACACGAGUGAAAGACUAUGCACAGUGCGAGCAGAGAGAGUGGCCAUAUGGCAGCUUUGCGGACCUCGCCGCGCGUCAUUUCCCACUGGCCGCCGUCCCCACCGAGCUUCUCUUCGUGGAGACGCCGAAUCCCAAGGAGACACCCCGGAAGGGGAUCCCAGUCUGUACGAUACAGCUGAACUUUAUCCAUGGAGGGCUGAUUAUCGGCGCCACCUGGCACCACACGGCGGGUGAUGGCCGCAGUGUCAACUUCCUGGUACGGGCCUGGGCCCGCCACUUCAGGGCCUCCAUCACCGAUGGCCGAGUGGCCGCUUUGGAAAUACCUGCCGAGGAAACACGAGCACGAUGGCUUCUCAACUACGGGCAUAAAGACGGCAUGAUCAGCGAGAUGACCGACUACAUCGUUAGUCCGGCGGCCCGGGAUCCUUGUCACCCGUUAGGCAUGCAUCUCCUCGACCGGGACGAUCAAUCCACAGUCCCAUUCACCGUCAGCACCUGGGUACUUAGUGCCACCGCGCUGCAGUCGCUAGUGCGCGCCCUCGCUACACCUAUCCCCGGGGAUGAUGGAGGCGGGUUCACGCAGAGUGAAGCGAUAGCCGCGCUGGUCUGGAAGCAUCUGAGCAUCGCCCGUCAGCUGGGUCGGGAUCCAUACCGGGUGGGCACGACCUCACUCUGCACCAUCCGGCUAGAUCUCCGUGCGCGACUUCUUCCCCGCUUGCCCGAGGAAUACAUUGGAAACAUCAACGAGCCGAACGCGCGGAUCCGCCUGCCACUCCAGGAGAUAUGCAGGCCCUCCACGCCCGAGUCCCUGGCGACGCUCGCGGGAGAGAUCCGUAAGACGACAGAGCAGUUAGGCAACACCGAUGUGCGCAACUUGAUCGGUCUGGUGAAUACUCUCCCUAACGUGACGGACCUCACCUGGGGCUAUGAUCUCUUCCCCGGCCCGGAUCUGAGUUUUACCGACACGUCGGGACUGGAUCUCUCCCAGCAUGACUGGGGAGGGCCUUUGGGAUAUCCAGUGUGUGCGCGGCCGUACGGUGGGGAGAGAGGAGUCGCCUAUGUUCUGCCGCGGGGAAGAGACGGGGCGAUUGAGUUACAGUUGCAAGCCGAGAGGGAGGCUGUAGAGAGGCUCAAAGAGGAUGAGGUCUUUGGACAGUAUGCGGCCUUUUGUAGUUGCGCAUGA